AUGACGUACUACACGAGCUACAUCCGGACGCCCUCGGGCGUGCUCAAGAUGUUCCAGAUCCUGGUAGGCCUCGUGAUCGUCAUCAGCCUGAUGAAGUACAACUACGACCAGCAGGAGAUGGCCUACACUUUCCGCUUGGACACGGUGCUGAUGGCAAUGACGGCCUUCACUUUCCUCCUCGUCUCGGCGGUGCUGCUGCUGUGCGCACUGCUUGACGGCCCCAUGCACGGCUUCAGCGUCACGUACCGCCUGUUGAACGUGUUCGCGGUGUUCUGCUACCUGCUCUCCACCACGGGUUACCUGGCAUCGGAGUUCCGCUACGGCGUCGACUGGCACUUCGGCCUGUCCACGGGACUGCUCUGCAUCGGCAACACGGUCGCGUACGGCGGCAACACGUUCCUCGCCUACAAGACGCUGCUGGAGUGA